AUGUCGUCUGAUGCUGUGGAGCAACUUGAAAACUUCCAGUUGAUCAAGUUCGACAGAUUCGAUCCUUCAACGCAAUCGACUAUCAGAAUAGCGCGAUCUCCCAAACCAAUUCCAGUCAAGGUUGUGAUAGUGGGAGAUGGUGGAUGUGGAAAGACAUGUCUUCUCAAUGUCUUUGCCACUGGAACGUUUCCUGAGGCGUAUGUCCCCACAAUCAUAGAAAAUGUGGUUAUUACAUUGGUGACCCCAACUGGCCAGAUAGCUGCCGUUACUCUGUGGGAUACUGCAGGGCAAGAAGAGUACGACAGAUUGAGACCCCUAAGCUACUCCGACGUUGACGUGGUCUUGCUGUGCUACAGCAUAGACAAUCUGUCCACCUUUCAUAAUGUGGCCGACAAAUGGUACCCAGAAGUGGCACAUUUUUGUCCAAACACACCGAUCAUCUUGGUAGGUACCAAAUCUGAUAUGCGGCGUCAUCAGAAGAGUCAGCCGCACUUUGUAUCUCCCCAGGAUUCGUCGCAGUUGGCAAGGCAGAUGGGGGCAGUGAUGAACAUCGAGUGUUCUGCGAAGGAGGUUUCAAACGUCAAUAUCGUUUUUGAUGCUGCUGUGUCGUACUGUUUGAGUAACAGCAGGCCCAAGACCAGAGGGGAUAAUGACAACAAUAGGAGUAACAGACGGCUAAGUAGAGCCAAGCGAGCCAGCAUGUUUAUAAGGGGUAAGGAUGUUAGCUCAACGUCAGGAAACUCUCGGGAAGAACUUGUUGAAUACGAUCAAGAUGGGUUGGCAAUAAUACCGGACAGAAAGAAACGCAAAUGUAGCAUUAUUUGA